AUGACUUCCAAAUCCACCGUGAAGAGCCAAAGCUGCAGCCGCCGUGUCUUCAGUGCCGGCUCAGCCAGAGUCCCUAGGGUCAGCUGCUCUGGCUUCAGCAGCGUGCCCGUGUGCCGCACCAGGGGCAGUGGUGGCCUCGCUGGAGUGGGUGGAGGAGCUGGCUUUGGCAGCCGCAGCCUCUAUGGCGUGGGGGGCUCCAAGAAGAUCUCCAUCGGAGGGGUCGGCUGUGCCUUCGGUGGCGGAUAUGGCGGCAGAGCUGGAGGCGGCUAUGGCGUUGGAGGUGGAGCUGGGAGUGGAUUUGGUUUUGGCAGUGGAGCUAGUGGUGGCUUUGGGUUCGGUGGUGGAGCUGGCUUUGGUAGUGGCUGUUUGGACCCGGGCUUCCCCGUCUGUCCCCCUGGAGGCAUCCAAGAGGUCACCAUCAACCAGAGUCUCCUGACUCCCCUCAACCUGAAAAUUGACCCUGCCAUCCAGCAAGUCAAGACUGAGGAGCGGGAACAGAUCAAGACCCUCAACAACAGGUUCGCCUGCUUCAUCGACAAGGUCCGAUUCCUGGAGCAGCAAAACAAGGUCCUGGACACCAAGUGGACCCUGCUGCAGGAGCAGGGCACCAAGACCGUGAGGCAGAAUCUGGAGCCUUUGUUCGAGCAGUACAUCAACAAUCUCAGGAGACAGCUGGACAGCCUUGUCGCGGAGAGAUGCUGCCUGGACUCCGAGUUCAGGGGGAUGCAGGACACGGUAGAGGACUUCAAGAAGAAAUAUGAAGAUGAAAUCAACAGGCGCAUGUCAGCAGAGAAUGAAUUUGUGAAUCUGAAGAAGGAUGUGGAUACUGCUUACAUGAAUGAGGUUGAACUACAAACCAAGGCAGACGCUCUCAUAGAUGAGAUCAACUUCCUCAGAGCCCUCUAUGAAGCAGAGCUGGCUCAGAUGCAAACCCACAUCUCAGACACGUCUGUGGUCCUCUCCAUGGACAACAACCGCACCCUGGACCUGGACAGCAUCAUCGCUGAAGUCAAAGCCCAAUAUGAGGAGAUCGCUUGCAGGAGCCGGGAAGAGGCUGAGUGCUGGUACAAGUGCAAGUACGAGGAGCUGCAGCUGACGGCGGGCAGACACGGGGACGACCUGCGCAACACCAAGCAGGAGAUCAGUGAGAUCAACCGCAUGAUCCAGAGGCUGAGAUCUGAGAUCGACCACGUCAAGAAGCAGUGCUCCAACCUGCAAUCCGCCAUCGCCGAUGCUGAGCAGCGUGGGGAGCUGGCCCUCAGGGAUGCCAAGAACAAGCUGGCCGAGCUGGAGAACGCCCUGCAGAAGGCCAAGCAGGACAUGGCGCAGCUAGUGAAGGACUACCAGGAGCUCAUGAAUGUCAAGCUGUCUCUGGACGUGGAGAUCGCCACCUACAGGAAGCUGCUGGAGGGCGAGGAGUGCAGGCUGAAUAGGGAAGGCGUUGGACAAGUCAACAUCUCCGUGGUACAGUCCACCCUCUCCAGUGGCUAUGGCUGUGCCGGCGGUUCCACCAUCUCCAGUGGCUAUGGCAGUGUCAGUGGUGUCAGCAGUAGCUUAGGCCUGGGCGGAGGCAGUGGCUAUUCCUACAGCAGUGGUCACAGUGUUGGAGGUGGCUUCAGUUCCGGCAGUGGCAGAGCCAUAGUGGGUGGCCUCAGCUCCUCCAGGGGCAGCAGUUCCACCGUCAAAUACACCACCACCUCCUCCUCCAGCAGGAAGAACUACAAGCACUGA